GAAAACACUUAUUGUUUUUCCAAGGUGAUAUUUGCCGGAAAAGUUUUCAGGUAGAAAGAUUGCAGCCUUGUGCUGUUCUCAGGUGAUAUUUCUGGUUAAGAUGAAAGCCGUAGUAAUAACGAGCUUUGGCGGUCCAGAAGUUCUUAAGCUGCAAGAAGUUGAAACCCCUAAAAUCGGAGAUGACGAGGUGUUGAUAAAGAUGGAGGCCACCGCACUUAACAGAGCUGAUACCCUUCAAAGGAAAGGAUCGUAUCCUCCUCCCAAAGGAGCAAGUCUUUAUCCCGGUCUUGAGUGUUCCGGAAUCGUCGAAGCUGUCGGGAAGAACGUUACUCGGUGGAAAAUCGGUGAUCAGGUAUGUGCUCUUCUUAGUGGAGGAGGCUAUGCGGAAAAAGUAGCUGUACCUUGUGGGCAAGUUCUUCCUGUUCCACCAGGUAUUUCUUUGAACGAUGCUGCUGCCUUUCCUGAGGUGGCAUGUACUGUCUGGUCGACUGUUUUUAUGAUGAGUCGGUUGUCUGCAGGGGAAGCUUUCCUGGUUCACGGCGGGUCUAGUGGAAUCGGCACAUUUGCAAUUCAGAUAGCUAAACACCUAGGAGUGAGGGUAUUUGUCACUGCAGGGAGUGAGGAGAAAUUGGCUUUUUGCAAGGAUCUUGGAGCUGAUGUCUGCAUCAAUUAUAAGACUCAAGAUUUUGUUGCACGGGUGAAGGAAGAAACAGGAGGAAAAGGUGUUGAUGUUAUUCUUGACAAUGUUGGAGGUCCCUACUUCCAGCGAAACCUCGACAGCUUGAAUGUUGAUGGCAGGCUUUUUAUCAUUGGCUUUCAAGGUGGUGCAGCUACGGAAGCGAAUCUUGCAGGCAUGCUUGGAAGACGCCUUACAGUGCAAGCUGCGGGCUUGAGGAGCAGAAGCCCUGAAAACAAAGCAAUAAUUGUGUGCGAGGUGGAGAAGAAUGUUUGGCCAGCAAUUGCCGCAGGCAAGGUAAAACCGGUGGUUUACAAGUCCUUUCCAUUGUCUGAAGCAGCAGAGGCUCAUCAGCUAAUGGAAAGCAGCAAGCAUAUUGGGAAGAUACUGCUGGUUCCAUGAGCAUUUUUAGAUUAGGCCAACCUCUUGUGAGUAUAUGUACCUACAAAACCAAUGUGUGAAUUGUUGAUCUAUGAGCAAUUUUAUCUUAUUUUCUAGUUUCUAUCAUUUGAGAAAUAAAAGCAGCCUUGAUCAGGAUGGCCGUGUAGACAUAAUCCAACCUCCUUAAGGUGUUGAUCUAUGUAAAGGUUUACCUUUUCUUGUUUCUGUA